UACUAUUUAUUUGUCCAAAUGUUAUAAUCUCAUUGUCGGGGUAUUAAAGAUAACAUGUGCCCAGUGAUGAUACGUUUGCUUGUGGAAGAGCCAUACAGUAUUUCAUUAGAUAUCUGAUCCACUCUAACAAUAUUUGGGGAUAGGGGUCUUUUUUUCUUGCUCUUACCGGACUCGAGGUUCAGGGGUCUCGCUCCCUGAAAGUCUCUGUCUCUUCAAAUUUAAUUCAGUGACAUGUCACACGUGAGGAAGGAUAUGGAAAAUUAUGGUAUUAAUAGAAGUAUUGUGUAUUCAUUAGAGUUAACAGGUAGCAAAGGUUUUGCAGCACUAGUCUAUGGCAGAACUGUGGUCAGCUAUCUCUGCUGCUUUGCCUGUGACGGAGGCAGAAUUUCCACUUGACUUCAGUGAAAAAGUUGAGCCCAGUGUGGUGGAUGUGCUGAAACGUUGCAGGCAGCAGCUGUACACCGGGAGCGGUCGAUGGAGGCAAAACGCUCAGAUCAUCUUGGACUUUUCCUGGGAGAAGCUCAACACAGGAACGUGGCGUGAUGUGGACAAGGAGUGGAGGUGUUUGUAUUCAUAUGGCUGCCUGUUCAAAGUAGCUGCCCUAUGCAGUGAUGAUGCCUCACCAGCUACAGUGCAGGAGGCCAUACGGACAUGUGACUUGGGCCUGCUCAUGGGGGCAGCCAUCAUGGACAAUAUUUUACAAACCUUUGUAAGGAUCCUACAAAAUGAAAUCGGGAAGAGGCACUCCAAUGAGGAGAAUCCUAGUGAAGUAGUUAGUGCCAAGAAAAUGAAGGUUGACUGUGUGUCAGUGCCUGUGGUCAAGCAGACUCUGGCAGUACCAAGGAUACACUGUCCAUCAUUGGAGAGCUUCAAGAAAGAUUUCUUGGAUCCCCAAAAGCCAGUCAUAUUAGAGGGUAUCAUAGAUCACUGGCCAGCCUUCAAAAACCACCCUUGGAGCAUAGAAUACCUGCAAACUGUUGCUGGUUGUCGGACUGUACCUGUUGAAGUGGGAUCAAGAUAUACCGAUGAGGAAUGGUCACAGACACUCCUUACAGUCAAUGAAUUCAUCGAUCGCUAUAUUAUUGUGAAAGACGCAUCAAGUUUGGGAUAUCUUGCUCAGCACCAGCUAUUUGAUCAGGUCCCCGAGCUGAAAGACGACAUCCGUAUCCCUGACUACUGUUGUCUUGGUGAGGGAGAGGAAGAUGACAUCACGAUCAAUGCUUGGUUUGGGCCAGGAGGUACAGUGUCCCCCCUUCAUCAAGACCCUCAACAGAACUUCCUGGCUCAGGUGGUUGGGAGAAAGUACAUUCGUCUGUAUUCCCCUGAGGACACCGAGAAACUCUACCCUCACCAAUUGCAGCUCCUACACAACACUAGUCAGGUGGAGGUGGAGAGUCCAGACGUGGAGCGAUUCCCAGAGUUUGUGAAGGCUCCCUACCUAGAGUGUGUGUUGCAGCCUGGGGAGGUCUUGUUCAUCCCAGUCAAGCACUGGCAUUACGUGCGUUCUUUGGAGCUCAGCUUUUCUGUUAGCUUCUGGUGGUCAUGACCCAUGAUGAAGGAUUCAGGUUGUUUUUAGUCAGAAUUUUGGUUAUUGCAGUGGUCUUGUAAAAUGCAAGUCCUGUGCUCACGUAUGUUGUGACUUAGGUCUGAAUGUUAUUUUCUUAAUCAAUAACAUGUCUGUCCUUUCAUUGCUUCAGCCCUCUAAGCCUCGCCCACCAAAUGUUUUUAAAAACACCUGAUUCUAUAAACAAAUUCAUGGUUAAGUGUCAAUGGUAAUUUAAAAAGGAUUAAGGUUGGAAACAAGUCUCAAUUUACAUAGUUCACAACUUACAACGGCGAUUCAUAUUGAAGAAUUAUGGGAAAUUUGCUCAACUCAAUUAACUUUAGUAGAGGAAAAUAGCCUAUCACAUAAUUAAAAGUAUCCCACCUCAUAUCCAUGACAAAGGAAAGCCAGUUGUGUUCAAUCUAUCAACACUUGAAUGUGAUUAUGGCACACAUUGAAUGCCAAGCUACCUGCAUGAUUGGCGCUUGCUUCCACUCAUUACUAAAUUAAAUGAAGGAGCAGUUAGUGUAUGCUUUUUUCCUACUGCAUAUAAAAUAUGGAGUUGUUACCCAUUUAGUUUGAUAGGGUAUGCUUUUUCAAAUUAGCAUAUUUAAUUGUUCCCAAAUUAUUCCUGCAUGCAUCCGUGAAGUUAUGACCUCCUGGUCCUCCGGGUCUGAGCUGUAGACCGAGGAGUGGGGGUGGGGGCCGUGUUCUCUUUGGCUGCUGACUGAGUCUUGCUCUGAGAGGACGGAGGUCUAUACACAUCUAUAGGGAAGAGAAGGGAAAAUUAAAUGAUAUGAAUGACUAGAUAAGAUAGGUAAAUAUGUUUUUUCUUCGUCUGAGUCGAAAACAGAUGAAAGUGAUAUGUAUACACAGACCUUUAUACAAACUAUGAUAGAUUGUAUAGACUAUCAUGGUACCACUUGUGUUGCAAUUCUUUGAUCAGCGCAACAUUAUUACCUGGGAUCUCAUGUGGCCAGAAGUCCUCACAGGCAGGGCAUCGUGGAUCAGUCCUUCCUUUGAAGUAUCUGGCGACACAAGGGGUGUGGAUUUUGAUGCCACAUGUAGGAUUUUUACACAUCUGGCACUGAGAGGUAAAAAGACCAGAUUAUUACAAAAAAUGAAGCAUGAAACCAAAUGCAUUGCCUAGAAAGCCAGGCUAUAUCAGUGGUGUCAAUCCCAUUUUAAAUUCAGUCAACAUAUUUUGAGUAGCAACUACACCAUUCAUGAGAAGCAUAUCCAACAAAACAUUAGACAUGCAACAUUAAACAUUCAUGUCUACCUUCUAGCAAGUUUGAACAGAGAGAAGAGGACUGAGAAAAGUGAGUUUGGGAAUCUGACAAAAAGCAGAUGUUACACCAAUUUGGAUUUGACAUGGGGUCCAAUUUAGCUAGCAGGAGAUACAUUAGAUGCAGCUUAUUUACUGUAAUUUAAAUUGAAGUUGUAUCACUUUACCUGCAAGGCCACAUUGUGACAAUGGCAGACCUUGACCUGGUCUUGAUACAACAUCCGAAUAUAUGGCUCCAGCUCCAUUAUACAUCGAGUGGAGAGAAAGUAGUCACCAUUUUUCUGAAGAAAAGACGAACACAGAUUGCAAGUCAAUAAGUGGCUCCAGAAGCAAUUGCAUGCAUAGAAUGUGUCUUCAGAGACAGCACCUCUUUCAGCCACUUAUCCUGAACAAGCCUGUUCAGUACAUGUUCCGUUUCUCUUUUCUUUAGCUUUUUUGUCUGGAGGCUGUCGGCACAGUUAAGAAUGUCCGUGGAAGAGGCGGUUCCAUUGUCAGAGUCCAAUCAGGUCCAUCUAAAAAAUAAGGACAUGCCGGUUAUUACAGACAUAUUCAAAUGUUAUUUAAUUCUUAAGUCUUAUUGUCAGUCAUUUACUAAAAACAGCAUACUCACUGUUUUUCGGAAUAAUUCCAACUCAUUGUCUGCAUAAUCAGUUGACAUCCUGGUCACAUCAGUUUCAGCCAUGUUCACCUGAACAGGAGAAGAUGUCAGCAGGAAAAAUAAGAGCAGUUCAUGAUGACAGUAGUAGUAGUAAAAGAGCUUUGUGAAUGAAUUUGAUUAGUGUCACUGACCAAAGCAUGAUACUGAAGACCAUCCUCCUCAGACAUCCCUUUUCUGAUCUGCAUGAACAUGGGCUGCAGCUGGGCAUUGAUAACCUUGAUGAAUUCAUCGAGUUUAUCAUGAGCAUAGUGUGCUGUAUAAAAAGGGGUACAUGCGAGUGGCCCUCAACAAAAACAUUUUUGGACAGUUUCUCAGACCUAGAUUAAGCCUAUUCCUGGACCUAAAGGCACUUUCAAUAGAGAAUCUCUAUUGUGUCUAGAAAACUGGACUUUUGAGUUUAAGGGUUUACCAUACAAAAAAUAAACAGUAGAGGACCGGGGGCAAAAUAGUAUGCAGCUAUGCUGUUCUUACCACCGUGUGUCUCACAUCAAUGCCGGUGGAGAGCCCUUGCCUUGGCACCAUCAAUGAUCCCAUUGACCAUCAUGGUUUGCAGGAACCUUUUAUAGCUUUCUCCCAGUGGUCGAGCCAUGGUGCAAGGAAAGCCCUAGAAAAAACAUUCAACAACGAUUUUGAAUAAGCAGCAUUUGAGGGUGUGAGAUUCCAUUGGACCCCACACAAUGUGGUUGACCAAUAAUUGCUAGUGCUUGGGCACACACAAGCCAAUUUGCCUCUUUGCAUUAUAGGCUGACAUUAGCUCACAGAUGAAAGUGGUUAGCUACACUGAACAAAAAUAUAAACGCAACAUGCAAAGUGUUGGUCCCAUGU